GACGAUAGACACUGGGCCCAAAGCAUUAAUGAUCUACCACCAGAUUUUACAGUGGAUACCAGGUGCUUUCUGCACUCACCUUUUAGACAAACAUUCUGUUCAGGUACUUUAAUGUAUGGGUUGUUCUCAGGAAGGACUAGUGCAAUGUGGCGCCUAAUAGCUGGCGUUUAAUAAAUAGAAAAUACAAAAAAUUCAAUUCAGGAUUAAAUAAAUACAAAAAUCCAGACAAGCCUUAAUGUUCUUCAGGGUUAGCAGGGGUUUCACCUCGCAGGAAACACGGGCUAAGGAUCUGAGAGUCUUGGACAAGGGCCAGAUUGUGAUGACGGUCUUCACUUGUGUGUUCUAUCUAAACCAAACUGUGUUCAAUUAGAUGUCUAUAUGAAAUAUUAAAAACCAAAUACAGAAAUAUCUAUAGAAGGUGCUGGGUAAACAUCUUAGUCCAACCAAUCAACAUGUGAAUUAAAUUUGUAUUAUUGUAUUUUAACAACAAUAUAAAUACUAACAACUAAAAUAACAUUAAUUAACCUGCAAAAUCCAUCCGGAACUGUUUGUUUCCCAGAACGGACUGUUGUAAGUGUUACACACACACACCGGAAAUACUGACAGCAUGGUGGUUCUCUUCUGAGGAGGCGGUCAAUUAUACGUAACUUAUUACGAUUUCAGUCACUGUAAUCAUAUAUUUUUUUAACUAGCCGAGGCAUUCAUUUAAAUAUAUCUGUUAUCGGUCAUCGGAUAUUCACAGAAAAUAAAAACCCUCGACUUAGACGAUGAAUGUUGGUGUUAACUGUGCAGUUUGGUUUUGCUAGAUUCAGUGAAAUUGAGUGUUGAUUUUUUUUUCCAUUCUGAUCCGCUGUUAGAAAUGUCUAAAGUAAAGCUAAAGCAACCCGUUAAGACUGUUAGUGCAGAAACAAACAAGAAAACUGAACGCGAUAAGAGAAACGCCAGAGCCGGCAAGAAAGGAAAACACAUGGUGCCGGAAGCGAAGAAACACGUAUUUCUUCCUCCCAGAGACGCUGCAGAGUUUUCGGAGAACUGGAAAAGACUUCUUAUGGUUCUCAACUCAAAGGAAGCUUCAAAGAAUUCAAAGAAGCUUCAGUCAUUACCAGUGAAAGAAUCCCACAAAGCUGCUCAGAGCAGCAACGAAGACGCAGAUAAAACCACACAUAAAGACUUAAACAAACGGCAAGGAUCCAAAGGGGCUGGAACGGAACAAAAUGGCAGUAAUCCUAAACGGCACAAAACUGAGAAGAGGAAAAUGAAUUGUUCUGAGGGAGGACAAAAGAAACCGACAGACAAAAGGAAGAAAGUUGAAGAGGUGGAAAAGAAACUAACGGAGGCAGAUAUCUGGUUUGACGACAUCGACCCUGAUGAUAUUGAGGCUGCUGUGGGCUCGGAGCCGGCUGACAUUGUGAGGAAGAGGACUGGUGUGACUAAAACAGAUGCCAAAAUUACAGAGAGCAGCACGGAACAGUUGCUGGUCAAGGGGAGCACUUGCGAUGGAUUGACACGUGCUGUUGCUAUGGAUUGUGAGAUGGUAGGGGUGGGGCCUGGAGGAGAGGAGAACAUGUUGGCCCGCGUCUCCAUCGUCAACUACUUUGGCAAGUGUGUUUAUGACAAAUAUGUUAAACCAACAGAGAAAGUCACCGACUACAGGACGGCUGUGAGCGGCAUUCGGCCUGCUGACAUUGAACACGGGGAGAACUUCAAAAUAGUACAACAGGAAGUGGCUGAGAUUCUGGACGGCCGAAUAUUAGUGGGACACGCCAUCCAUAAUGACCUGAAGAUUUUGUUACUGGAUCACCCAAAAAGAAAUACGAGAGACACUCAGAAGUACAAACCGUUUAAGAAGAUAGUAAAGAGUGGACGUCCGGCGCUGAAGGUUUUGUGUCGGGAGAUUCUGAAUGUGAAAGUACAGCAGGGAGAGCACUCGUCUGUCCAGGAUGCUCAGGCCACCAUGCGUUUGUACACACUGGUGAAAAAGAAGUGGGAGGCAGAUCUUAAAGCCAGCAGGGUUCAGACCACCAGCCAGAAAAGCCCUCGCAAACCCAGAGCUAAAGCUGACUCGAGAAACGCUCAAAUGCCCAACGCACACAGGAGGUGAAGAAUGAACCGGAGCUGAAACUGAAACACACACCCACACAGUAAUGACAGAAGAGUUCCAGGUGACGAGUGUUUCCAUCACAUUACAUCCAGCAGUAAAUCACUCCUUCAGUAGUUCUCUCAGUCUUAUCAUUAGCAAUGUCUGGCGUGGCAUCUCUAAUUUUGGGGUCAGUUUAUAAUAAUUCAUUGACACACAUCAGCUCUUUACUUCAUAGGUGACUGCCAGUGAAUAAUGCAUCAAUCACACUCGCUGCAUUCCUCCAGUGCAGCACUUUGGAAAUGUUCCAUGUAUAUAUGUGUACGUACACAUGUAUUUGUAUUUCAGACACGGUGUCUAACAGUUUGUUUUAUUCUUCAGAGUCAUUUUGAAUGCACACUAUUAAAAGACGUCUAAAAGAGAGCCGCAUAUACGAGUGAGUUUAUAUUAGUAUAGGUGGAGAGGUCACAGAAAACAUUCUUUUCAGAUUUCUACUGAAAUUUUAGAUGUGGAGGAAUUUAUAUCCUGAAUUUAUUUAUUUCUGUAAAGCUGCUUUGUGACAAUGUCCGUUGUUAAAAUCCCUAUACGAAUAAAAAUGCAAUUGAA